AUGAGCACGACUACAGCUUCAAUCUCUACUACCACCAGUGCUUUGGCAUCAACCCAAACAUGCACCAAUCCCAAACCAGGGAAGAAUGGCUACCUCCCUCCAGAGGCUUGUGACGAUAUCCUCCUCUACGUUCCCUCUUUAGCUGCGGCAGUAUUAUUCUGUGUUCUAUACGGCCUAACCCUCAUAUGUCAUGGGGUACAAGCAUUCCUGUACAAAAAGCGCUACGCUUGGGUCAUCAUUAUGGGCGCAACCUGGGAACUAAUUGCGUUCAUAUUCCGCGCCCUCCUCACUCGACAACAAAACAACUCCAACUACGACACCGUCUAUACGAUCAUGUUCCUGCUCGCUCCUCUCUGGAUCAACGCCUUCCUCUACAUGACCCUCGGCCGACUCAUCUACUUCUUCAUCCCGGACCAGAAACUCGCCGGCAUCACAGCCCGCCGCUACGGCCGACUCUUCGUCUGGCUCGACAUCUUCGCCUUCCUCGUGCAACUCGGCGGCGCAGCCAUCACCACCCAGACAGAUGUACCGACCAGCACAAUCAUGCUCGGCGUGCAUAUCUACAUGGGUGGUAUCGGACUACAGGAACUAUUCAUAUUGAUAUUUACCGGCUUGAUCAUCCAUCUCCAUCAAAAACUCAUACACCUUGAGCGGGCAGGGAUAUUGAGUCCGGACGGUAUGGCAGGCAUGGGCAUUGCCACAAGUAGGAAUAAGCCUAUGCCAUGGCGGUGGCUAUUCUACGUGAUGUACACUGCGUUGGGGAUGAUCACUAUCCGAAUCAUCUUCCGACUCUGCCAAUACGCACAAGGCACGGACCCGAGUAAUCCCGUACUCACGCACGAAGCAUACGAGUAUGUCUUCGAUGCGGUGCCGAUGUUCAUUGCGCUGGUGUUGUUGAACGUGGUUCAUCCGGGGCGGGUGUUGCAGGGGCCGGAAUCGGAGUUUCCGAGGGUGAGUCGGGCGGAAAAGAAGAGGGUCAAGAUGGAGAAGAAGCAGGCGAAGAGGGAGAGGAAGGAGGCGAAGAGGUUGCAGAAGGAGACGAGGAAGGGAUACCAGAGUGGGUGGUGGUGGAACAUGGGAAGGGAGAGGGGGAGUGAGACGUUUGAGAUUCUUCCUAUGCAGGAGGGGGUAGAGGGGAGGGUUUAG